AUGACACCUCUCAGCCAUGCGUCCGCCUUCGAGCCUGCCGACCCCCCGGGCUCCUCUUCAUUGAGGCUGCCAAAGCUCCGAGGUUCCCUCGACACACAAUCGAUGGCAUCCUCAAUAUCUACGCUUCCGUAUCGAAAUUCCAAUGCCUCUGUCUCGUCCCUGUUCGCAUCGACCUCUACGCCCACGGGCUCUAGGUCCGUUUCACCAAGCGGAACCGGCACCCCUUCAAAAAUGAUCUCGGGCUCGGUAUUUGGGGGAUUCUCUGGAGAUAGGCAUCAGCUUUCUCCAGCUGACAAGCCGGACGAUCCCCGAAGCUUGAUAAUGCAGGCGUUCGUUCCACACAUCGCUGUCCAUACCUCGGCCGAUACGAAAGAGCUUGUGAAGAAUAAGGGGUUUAAUGGGGGACUGUGGGAGCUACUGCGGCCGUUUGGGGAACGAAUACAAGGAAAAGUUACCGUGCGGGAUAGUAUAGGUGCCGGAAAGACAUGGGAGGAUUUCGCUGUGCGAUUUGUGGAGCUUGGGGACGGUCUCGAGAUCCCAGAAGCCGUGUCUAGCUCGCGGAAGAGUGCGGAAGGACGAAUAUUGGCAGCAAAUGGCACCAAACCACCAGCAGAUUCUGUCCUGGCACAGCGGAUGAGGACUGGCGGAGACAUUGGCCCCAUUGAGACCCUCGUGGAUCGACAUUUAAGCCACGCAGAGCAAUUUCCAAGCAUGAGCUCGGAGGAGUUCUUGAACUUCAAAGACACACAGCUCAGGAGCCCUGAUAUACCUUCCCCGUUCUACACUCUAUACAUGCGAAGGCUACUGUCUGGAUUACCUUUGGCUCCGCAUGAAACCUUUUCUCACCCUGUGGCAUGUGUGAUUGCCAUCAGCUCGCGGAAUGCCAACCCAAUCGAAACGUUACGGAACCUGUACGACGAAUCCAGCCAUGGGGCAAAACGGCUACCUUUAUGGGUGAACAAUGAGUAUCUCCGGUACUAUGUUCUUGUUCACGACGAAGAGCGAGACGAUAUCACCAAAUCCAUGACUCUGUUUGAGCAAAUGAAGCGACAUUUUGGACUUCACUGCCAUCUGCUAAGGCUACGAAGCAGCGAGUGUGUUGCAACAGAUGAUGAUAGCAUUCGAUUACCACGUUGUGAAUGGCUGGCUGCUCCAGAAGAGCUCGCCGAGAUCCAGACCCGAGAACUGCUGGAAGAUAUAGAGGAUUCAUAUCCCUGCAUCUACGAAUCCGAUACUACGGCCAUCAAAACCUUCAUCCGCGAAAUGGUUACCCAGUCCAUCGUCCCUUCGAUGGAAAGAUGUGUUGCAACUUGGAACGACCAGGUAGCAUCGCGGCGGCGAGGCAUAAGUGGACGACUCAUAAGUAUGUCAAAGAAAUGGGCGUUCGGAUCCAGUUCGCGGUCAUCAUCCAAUGGGCCGACGUCUUCGAACAGCAAUUAUGAUGCAUUACAAGCAUUCUAUCGACCGGAUGCCCCUGAGGCGGUGAUGCGAAAGUUAGCAGACUACGCUUUCAUGCUACGGGAUUGGAAACUGGCAUAUUCGACUUACGAUCUCCUUCGAACGGAUUUCAACAACGACAAGGCCUGGAAAUAUCAUGCUGCCGCAAAUGAGAUGGCCGCAGUGAGCCAGCUGAUGAUGCCACAAGCAAUCAGUUCAAGAGUACGGUCGGAGACGAUUGAUCAGAUGUUAGAGACUGCCUCGUACUCAUAUAUCACUCGCUGCGGGGCCACCUACGGAGCGUUGCGUUCUCUGGCACUAGGAAUGGAGCUCCUCAGACUCCGCGGCGGAUCAGCAACAGAAGACGCCGCAAGAUGGGGGACAAGGCUGUUAGAAUACAAAGUCGUCGGCGUAGUCGGCGACCCUCUCUUCAAAGAACGAGUCUCCGCGUGCUAUGCCUCCAAGAAAGGCGCAGGGACCGAGCUCUGGGGGUCAAGAACAAGGAAAUCCGCAUUAUGGAGUAUCCUAGCUGCUGAUGCGUGGCUGACUCUCGGGAAGAUCCAGCAAUCGAAACAGCGUGUUGAGGAAGCGAAUGGGAAAUACUCGAUACUGACGCAUCAGGACAGCCUCUCGCAUUUUGCGCAUGCGAACGACUUUCUUGAAGCACUGCAAAGGGAAGUCCAGCUUGCCCUGUAUCCAGAAUCAGGCAUCGAAGGGCCAGGACAAGUUGAAGAUUUAAUCGAUACGUCGAUAGGAGAAGAGAGCGAGGCCUUUGUGUCCCGCCCCCAUCGAAGGAGUCUAAUGGGUCAGGUUGCACCGCUUGCAAAUCUCGAGUCAGCACCACUCCAUGGGACGUUAUUGGAAGGCGAAGAUGAGGCGCCGAGGAUGGAUCAGUUUGAAUUUAGAACGCGUCCUGAUAACCGCGAUAAGAAAACAUCAUCGUCACCUGAAUCUAAAACAAAACAACAACAUCACAACCACCCUCUCCCAUCCCACUCAACUUAUGCCGUGAAUAUUCCCCUCAAAAUGAGCGAGCUUCUCACUUACCUACAAAGCAAUGAGCCUCAAUUCCGGAAAAACCGCCUAGCAUCCCUCUACUCUGACUUCUCCGCCCUCUCAUCCACGAAUCCCGACGGCUACACCGCGAACCUGCACGCCUGGCGCACCGCCUUAUCCCACGCUGCGCUUGCGGGCGUUAUUCCCUCCUCUUCCACCUCCACCCAAAACUCCUCCCAUAUACCGAGUCGACUCUCCUUCUCAAUAGACACCAACUUAGCAAAGGAGUUAGAGAGCAAGGAAUGGGGGAGACCGCUUGGCUUGGGGUCUGUGGUCAACGAUGCGUUGGGGAAGAGGGAGUGGAUACCCUGUAAAGACUUUCUGGAGAGUAAUGAGAGCAUAUAUUACAAGCGCUGGGUCAGGAUCCCGGGUGUAGGGGAGGUCUUGCAGUGGGGGUUACGGCAGCUGGGUCUUAACUUCGGUUCAGGGGGGAUGAUGUCCGGUCGUGUCGUUGUGUUAGAGAAUUUAGAGACGGCGGCGAAGGAGGUUAUGAAGGGAUACGAAGCGCGAUCCAAAGGGAGAGUUGAGCGGAUAUACUCACGAUCUGCAUGGAAAGCGGCAUUUGGGACGGUAUUAGGGGGGGGAGAAAUGGCGAACAGCGAUGUGGAAAUUCUGUUGAGGUUUCUGGGUAGGGAUAAAGGCGUUUUGGUUUACAACUCGAGUACGGUGAAGUUCUUGGUACAGAAUGAGACACAGGGGAUCAGUCAGGAGGAUGAAACGAUCGCCUCCUUAAAAUCUCUGAUCCAGGAUCUUGAGGCUCAAGUGAAAGGAUUGGAGGCGAAGGUCGAGCAGCUGGGGGACACUGCGAAAGAGGCGGUUGGGAGAAAGAAUAGAUUGGGGGCACUGAGUGCGUUGAGGAGUAAGAAACUUGCAGAGAGUACUCUUGGGAAGAGACAGGCAACCUUAGCGCAGCUUGAGGAGGUGUUUAUGAAUAUUGAGCAAGCGGCUGAUCAGGUUGAGCUUGUAAGGGUUAUGGAGGCGAGUUCGAGGGCACUAGGGAGCCUAAAUAAAGAGGUUGGGGGCGUGGAGAGGGUGGAGGGUGUUGUAGAUAGACUGAGGGAGGAGAUGGAGAGGACGGAUGAGGUGGGGCAGGUUAUUGGAGAAUUUGGGAAGGAGGGGGUGGAUGAGGGUGAGGUAGAUAAUGAGUUGGAAGUUAUGGAGAGGGAGGAGAGGGAACGAAGGGAGGAAUUGGAGAGGAAGGAGAGAGAGGCAAUGGAGAAGAGGGUAGCGGAGGAGACGAGGAGGAGGUUGGAUGCUUUAGAGGCAGUGGAGAGUGAGGCGAGGGAAAAGGAGAAUGCUAGGAAACAGGCGGAGGUGAGCACGGACAAGGAGAUUGAGGACAGCACAAUGGGGAUGAAGCGGAUGUCGUUGGACCCUCCCGAUGCUGAGAUGGCAUAG